AUGGAGAUGGAAUUAAACUCCCAACUUCCAGCGGCUAAACGUCUCCGUCUGUCUUCCUCGUCCGGCACGAGUCUGUCUGGGAGUGGGAGGAGGAGCGACAGUAGCCUUCAGUCGAGAUGGGUGGAGCAUCGGUGCUCGGAUGAGUUCCUGGCUUACAUAAACUCGUCCAUCACUCGGGCUACUCCUUCGUGUGGAACAGCAUGCAUCCUGGAAAGCACAGAACGCCGCAUGAACCUAGCUAGGAUGCUCCAUCGCUGCCUCAAUCUCAUCGGCAGUGUGCACGAUGCUCCUCUCUACUGCAGAGCAUGGGAGAUCUUUGCUAAGUCCGUGUCCCACCUUCACCCUCAUUUAAAUAGCCCUGAGGCUACCUCUUCUGAGGCAUUCCGUGCUGAAGCCUCAGUCCGCGCGAUGUGUGCUGCCAGCGUGUCUCUUGCAGUGGACGUUAGGUGUCCUCUGGACUCUCCACCAUCGUCUUGGAUUGUCACUUGGGGGCACUUCUUCUCGGGUUUUGUCAAUUAUGGCGACGCAAAUGUCAACUCAAAGGCUUUCCUCGUCAAGAACGAGGAGGAUUGCAGGAAAGGCAGUGAGCGAUCCAAAGCGCUCAUGCGUCUCAAGGUUGUGCUAAGUAGCUCCAUAUUCGAUUGGAACCUCGACGGCACUGCUACAGUGGCAGACUGCCUCAGGAUAUGCUACGAUCGAUUCAUACUAGCUCUACCCGAGCUUGCUCCCGACUGCUUUUCUUGGUUCAACGCAGGAGCUGUCCUCAGAUCCUGUCAAAGCCUAUCUAUUAUAGCCUCUCUGGCCCUCACAGGUUCUGAUGGCCCCGUUGGAGAGGACGAGGAAAAUGUUCGAAGCUGUGCUGCCAACCAUGUAGCGCUGGCCGUUUUAGCACUCGUCACCUCAUACGCAUCGAAUUCGUUCGUUGACUCCGCGGCCCGUCCAAUGAUGGCGGCCAUCCCUGAUCUCUCUGGCGUUAGCUCGCUUCUUACAAAAGGAAUACCCCUCUUGAAUGCGUACCUGACGUCGUGUGAUGAGGAGAAGAUUGCCAUCGUGGGAGCCCUAGCCACCGCUGCUGGUUGCUUCGUGUCCGAUUUGAUCCGCAUAGUAAAUGCGGUAUGGAACGGGUCUAAUGUGAAGCAUGCGUUGAUGAUGGUAGAUGCUCUUGCUGAGGAACAUCAGUUAUACUACCAGAAAUUCAGAGUUCACAUGAAGAAUUCCACUGGCUCGUCUAUCCUCGUAAAUAAGUCUCCCUUCGAGCUUUGA